GGAACAUUGCCUGACCGUCAACGGUUGGGUCAUUGUGAAACGCACUCUGUUUGGAGCAUCAGUCUCAUUUCAUCUUCACACUUUGCUUUAUUCUUUUGCGGAAAAGACAUUGCAGCCAAAUUGAUUCCAGAAGAGAUUUUAUAGAGGGAUGCAGAUGGAGUGCCCCAGUUGCAGCAGAAAAUGUGGGCAGAAUGACAAAUUCUGCAGUGAACGUGGCUACAAACUGUGCUCUGCAAGGAAACCUGUCCCAGGUAAACCUAGCAGGCUAGUUAAUAACCAGCCCCCCUAGCUUAAUUAUCAUUCACCCAGCUUGCUAAACUAGUCAAAGCAGUAGCAAUUUCAACUUAACAGUUUAGAUGGCUGCCCUAAUUGGUACAUUUGUUUUGCUGAUGUUUUAUGCUUCAAAUGAAGACAAGGUUAUCAUGACUGAACAUUUAUAGGAUGUGCAUAAAAUCUUCAGCUGACUGCUAUAGCACUGUCUGUGUUUCACUGAAGCUGGCGGCUGUGACUAUACAGUAUAUGGCUGUAGGAAUCUGCCUACAUUGUAACUGCUGUUCUGUUUGCGUUUUGCCCCACUCUGUUAGACUCUGACCAACAGGAAAGACCUGAGCACCCAGUCAGUGAGAGCCACACCCACUGUGCUGACCACACCCACUCUGAUUAACACACCCACUCUGAUUAACACACCCGCUCUGAUUAACACACCCACUCCAGCCAGCCUGGCACUGGGAGUGAAGUUGAGGCUGUUUAUUUCAAUCGCCCAUGCAUUAACUCGAGCCCCAGACUGUGGUUCCAAGGUGAUCAGGAGUGCUUAUAUGUAGCGAACCUCCCUGCCAAGUCCAGCGGCCCAAUAAUGCCAUACUCAGAUCUGGCAGGACUGGGGAAUGAACCCCCGGUCCUCUGUGUGCAACUGCAGUGAACGAAAGUGUGAUGCCCUGUGCCUGUCAGGCUUCAGAACAACAAACCCAAUGGCGAGACCACAGAAGUUCAAGUUAAAGUCUUUAUUAACUUUGAGGCAGAGUAGACAAGCCAAAGUCAAGAACCAGCAAACAAGUGUAGAAUAAACAGUUCUUAAACAAUACUCCAAGCAGGGGUCUGAUUGCCAGGCAAACAGAUGCAAAAAAAACAAUAAGAUAGUCCAAACUAGCGGAUGAAUAACACAAACACAAAAACACAAACCAAUAAAUCAAAGGGAGUCCAAACACAGCGAAGAGAAGACGAAGGGUACACAGAAGCACAUGACAAUCUGUGAAAUACUACCCAAAAUAUAGGUGUAUAUAGGGAGAUAACAAGAGGAAACAAGAAUCUGGUGAGUACAACAAUCAGGAAGUGGAACACAGGUGAAACAAAUGAUAGGGAAUGAACUGACUGACUUCUGGAAGCGCAGAGGCAAAAAUUCUGAGGACUUAGAAAACGCAGAAAACGCAGACCAUAAUAGCGCCACUGUGAUGCUGAGCCAUGUCUUAAAUGGUGCUUAGCUGAGCCACUAGUGCUUAGCUGUGCACCAUUGCACUGCUUUAAAGAAACUCCAUCCAUCCAUCCAUCUUUUAUCUUAACCCGCUUAUCCUAAACAGGGUCGCAGGGGGGCUGGAGCCUAUCAUACAUUGGGCGAAAGGCAGGAAUACACCCUGGACAGGUCGCCAGUCCAUCGCAGGGCACACACACCAUUCACUCACACACUCAUACCCACAGGCAAUUUAGACUCUCCAAUCAGCCUAACCUGCAUGUCUUUGGACUAUGGGAGGAAACCCACAUGAACACGUGGAGAACAUGCAAACUCCACAAAGAGAGGCCCCGGUCGACUGGGAUUACGAACCUAGGACCUCCUUGCUGUGAGGUGGCAGUGCUACCCACUGCACCAUCCAUGCUGCCCUGCUUUUUUUUAAAUGACACAUUUUACUUGGGGUGGAUGUUAAGGGUUUGGGACCCUUCCUUGGACCUCAUAUAGCAAGGCGUGUGACUGUGGUCUGUCUUUGAGCAUCUCAGGUGCAGAUUCUGAGAAUGGGGAGGAGACCACAGACAAACAAUCCAGUCUCGGCACAGAACCAGCACCAGAGAAGACAUCCUCAUGCCUGGCCCAGUCCCAACCCUCCUCUGCUGACCCAGCUAAGUCAGAUGAAAAGAGAGGUUCAGCAGACACUGAAAACAUGGAUGGGACCUUGAGUAAGGACACCAAAGACACUGUGUGCACUGCACACGAGGAGGAGGAAACUGAAGACUCAGAGCAGAGUGUGAGUGUCUCUGAAGAUGAGACCAUCAGUAAAGGUGAGGACCCCGCAGAAGAGGAGGGAGACCUCCUGGGAAACCAAGUAGCAAGAGGUGCUGGUAGGCCAGUGGGAGGUGCUCUGACACAUGUGUAUCCUAGUACACUGAUUAACACACCCACUCUGAUCACCACACCCACUGUGCUGACCACACCCACUAUGAUAACCACACUCACUGUGCUGACCACACCCACUCUGAUAACCACACCCACGGCACUGACCACACCCACUCUGAUAACCACACCCACGGCGCUGACCACACCCACUCUGAUAACCACACCCACGGCGCUGACCACACCCACUCUGAUAACCACACCCACUGAGCUGACCACACCCACUCUGAUAACCACACCCACUGUGCUGACCACACCCACUCUGAUAACCACACCCACUAUGCUGACCACACCCACUCUAAUAACCACACCCACUGUGCUGACCACACCCACUCUGAUAACCACACCCACAGUGCUGACCACACCCACUCUGAUAACCACACCCACUGUGCUAACCACACCCACUGUGCUAACCACACCCACUGUGCUGACCACACCCACUCUGAUAACCACACCCACUGUGCUAACCACACCCACUGUGCUGACCACACCCACUCUGAUAACCACACCCACUAUGCUGACCACACCCGCUCUGAUAACCACACCUACACUGAUGACCACACCCACUGUGAUAACCACACCCACUGUGCUGACCACACCUCCACUGAUGACCACACCCACUGUGCUGGCCAUACCCGCUCUGAUGACCACACCCACUGUGAUGUCCACACCCACUCCAGCCAGCCUGACUUGAUGCUGUUUAUUUCUGGGUGGCCUGUAGCGUAGUGGUUAAGGUAAAGGACUGGGACACGCAUGGUCGGUGGUUCUAAUCCCGGUGUAGCCACAAUAAGAUCCGCACAGCCGUUGGGCCCUUGAGCAAGGCCCUUAACCCUGCAUUGCUCCAGUGGAGGAUUGUCUCCUGCUUAGUCUCAUCAACUGUAUGUAGCUCUGGAUAAGAGCGUCUGCCGAAUGCCAAUAAUGUAAUGUAAUGUAAAUUUCAAUCGCCCUUGCAUUAACUCAAGCCCCAGGCUGUGAUUCCCAGGUGCUCAGGGGUGUUCGAGCUUACCAUCAGCACUUAUCCAUGCACCACCACAGUGCUUUAAAGAGCUUUUAAAAGGACAAACAAAUAAUUUAAGUUCUCAUCUCAAUUUUACUUGGGGUGGAUGUUGAGGGUUGGGGGCCUUUCCUUUUGUUAUGAGGUAACAAAAAUGGCGGACCAAAAAGGCAACUCUGAAUACACGCUCGGACACUGGUAAAAGUGGUAACAGUCUUUAAUGAAGCGGCCCAGAGGUACACAAAAAUCCAGGGGAAAAAACUCAGGAGUCUUCAGGGGCGCAAGAGAGGGGGUAGUCUGGAGAACAGAAAUCUACUAGCAGGCUAGCGAGAAAAGAACACUUGUUAAAGUCCAAACACAAAAUAAGGCUACGGCUGACUGAAAACAAAAAGGAGCUGGGAGGUCAAAAAACAGAUACAGCCGAGUACAAGUUACUGCAAAAACGUUCCUUAGCUGAUUUGAAGAACUGAGAGGCUUGAGGAGAGUUCAUUGCAUGCAAACAGACAAUCUGGCGAGGGGGGAUCUUCAGAGUCACCCUCUUGUACUGGAGCUGAUGAGGAAAUCCGAGCCUGGUGUGCAUGGGGGCGGAGACUCCAGAAGACAGAGGUAGACACACACACACACACACACACACAAGAGGGAGGGGAAACAAAAACACAGACAGGAAGGCAGGAACUGCUGACCUCAUGACACCUUUGACCUCAUAUACCAGGGCGUGUGACUAUGGUCUGUCUUUGAGCAUCUCAGGUGCAGAUUCUGAGAAUCGGGAGGAGACCACAGACAACCAAUCCAGUCUGGGCACAGAACCAGCACCAGAGAACACAUCCUCAUGCCUGGCCCAGUCCCAACCCUCCUCUGCUGGCCCAGCUACAUCAGAUGAAAAGAGAUGUUCAGCAGAUACUGAAAACAUGGAUGGGACCUUGAGUAAGGACACCAAAGACACUGAACACGAGGAGGAGGAAACUGAAGACUCAGAGCAGAGUGUGAGUGUGUCUGAAGAUGAGACCAUCAGUAAAGGAACCAGUCUGGAGGAGCUGCUGAGAGACCUGGGACUGGAACACCACCUGCAGAACAAGCUGACUCUGAGCCAGGUGCUGGAGAUUGAUGGAGAGACUUUAUCUGAUGAAAGCAUCCAGUCUCUCAAAUCUCUGCCAUGGUGUUUCCUGAGGAAGCUGAUGAUGGUGAAUGAGUCCUUUCGGAGAAUGAGCUGCUCCUCAGAACAGGACACAGAGCCCCAAAGCCUGGAUAGUUUACUGAACACCAUGAACAAUCCACAGGACCACAGCAACAGAGUCAACCCCCUUGACCUCAUAACUGCUGUAUUUCUGUGCUCAGAUGGCUUUCUCCAGCAGGAGAUGGCUUUGAAAAUGUCCAUGUGCCAGUUCUCUGUGCCUCUGCUGCUUCCUAAAUGUGAUACCCAGCAGUGUACUUUAAUGCUGUGGGCCAUGAGGGAUAUUGUGAAAACGUACAAGCCACACUCUUUGGAUGACCCAAGAGGGUUUGUAGAGGAGAGCAUUGUUCUCUCUGACCUCCCCAUGGUCUCUUUUGUGGGGCUGGGAAACAGCAGCAUGUCCAAGUCUCACAUUCUGAACCAAGUCCUCAGCAACUCUCAGCAGUACCACAACACCUUUGUUCACAAAAACAUGGAGUGUGGUGACACCCCAAGGAGGAUUUCCAAUGGGCUGGUGGAAAUCAGCUGGUAUCUGCCCAGUGGGAACAAAAACACUGACAUCUUCUCUGAGCCUCUGGCUAUAGCUAACCUCCGUGGGGACCUCAGAGACUUUGAAACUCAGUACGCUUUCCUCUGCCACACUUCGACUGCUAUAUUUUUGUUUUGCGAUGACUUUAAGUUUGAACAAAGAUUUCUGGAAUUUAAGACUCAUUGGAUUUUGAUCACCAAUUCACAGAGCCAGACCUUCAAGAAGGAUGACUUCAGGAAAUUUGUUUCUGAGACAAAACCCAGUGACAUCAUCAUAAAGCAUCCGGGAAGGAAUGAUGCAGAAUUCAACAAGAAACUGUGUUUGGCUAUCUGUGGAAUUUUGAAAGGAAACAUUGUUAAAAUGAGCAUUGAAAGGAUGUCUGAUGUUGCCCAUGAUUUAGGGAUCCAUGUUGAUGAAGAUUAUGUCCACUGUAAGAGCGGCAGGCAGAAAGCUGAUGACAUCACAGGAGGAAUAUCUGACAUAUUGAGCUUCAAGGAGAAAGAGCUGCCCUUGCAAGGGACUGCAUGGAAACAGCUGGCCAAACUGGAGAAGGAACAGUGCAGGAUGAAAAAUGCUGGGGAGAACAUGGAAGUUUACAAGAAUGAGCUUGCAGAUCAGAGGCAGAAGCUCAGAGAACAGCAGAGGGCUCACAGCAUCUCCGAUUCUAUGUCCCGUUUCAUCUCCGCGAUGUGCAAUUCCACAGAGGAGAGCAAGUAUUUCCUCAAGUGGAUGAGGAUCAAUCUGGAUAAUCUGUCACGCACACACCUUCCACCUCUUCAGGCAAAGUACAAGGAACAGUGUCAGAUUUCCUCAGAAAACAAGGAGCUCAUUGCACAGUUGGACAGGGAGAUCUCCAGCUGCUCCUUGGGGACAGAGCACUUCCUGAGGGAAAUGGGUCAGCUGUACGAGUCGGCCUGCUCACUCCCCGAAGCCCUCACCCCAGAGAUUAAGCGCCUGCCACAUUUCUGUGCAAAGCUGCUACAGGAGGGCUUUCCUCUUGAGCUGGUGGAUGGAGACGCAAGCAAUAUUCCUCUGGAGUGGGUGACGCAGGUUCUGAAAGAACUCCAUGAUCUCACACAGGAUAAAUGUAAGAUCUGGGUGAUCUCUGUACUGGGGGUACAGAGCACUGGGAAGUCCACGCUCCUGAACACCAUGUUUGGGGUCCAGUUUGCUGUUAGUAGUGGCAGGUGCACCAGAGGGGCCUUCAUGCUCCUCAUCAGAGUGAAAGAGGAUUUUAAAGUGCAGCUUGGGUGUGAUUACAUCAUGGUUAUUGACACUGAAGGUCUGAAGUCAUCAGAAUUGGCACAGCUGGAUGACAGUUAUGAGCAUGAUAAUGAACUGGCUACUCUGGUGGUGGGGCUGAGUGACAUCACAGUCAUCAACAUCGCCAUGGAGAAUUCCAUGGAAAUGAACGAUAUCCUGCAGAUUGUGGUGCACGCCUUCCUGCGUAUGAAAGAAGUUGGGAGAAAACCCUGCUGUCAGUUUGUGCACCAGAAUGUGCCAGACAUCUCUGCCCAUAGCAGUAACAUGAGACACAGGAAGCUUCUGCUGGAGAAGCUGAAUAAGAUGACCCAAGCAGCAGCUAAGAUGGAAAAGAAGGGAAACAACAAAACAUUUACUGAUGUCAUGGAGUAUGAUCCAGAGAGAAACACCUGGUACAUCCCUGGGCUCUGGAAUGGGAACCCUCCCAUGGCCCCUGUCAAUGCUGGCUACAGUGAGUCUGUGGAUCUUUUCAAGAGGAGUGUGAUUCAGUUUAUCGAAAAAAAAUCUGGAAACAGCUCAGCACACACAAUCAUUGAGUUCCUUGAAUGGACCAAGAGCUUAUGGCAAGCAGUGAAGUAUGAGAACUUCAUCUUCAGUUUCCGCAACAGCCUUGUAGCUGAAGCUUAUGCUCAGCUUUGCACUGAGUUCAACCAAUGGGAUUGGGCCUUCAGGAAGAACAUGUACUCCUGGCUAAUGGAAGCUGAGACAAAGGUGUCAAACUUUGGCACAGAAGCAGAAUUUAAGAAUUUGGAUGAGUUACUGAUCCACCUGAAAACUCAGGCCUUGGUACAACUGAUGAAAGGGGAAACGCUCAUUUUGUCCAACCUGACUGAAUUCUACAAGAGGCAAGAGGGACAUGUUCACUUGGUAGAGAAGUACAAGGAGGACUUGAACAUCACAGCCAACACCAUCAGGAUGGAGACAGAGAACUCUGUGAAAAACAAGCUUGAGGCAGCGGUGGAGAUCAGAAAGGGUAUGUUCAGGUUAGAGAGCAUCAAGAACAAUCAAACGGCCACAAUAGAGAAAAAGGUGCAGGGGCUGAUUGAGAAAUGCAGGAAAAGUAAAGAUCUGUCAGAUCAACAGCUGGAGGAUGAAUUUGAGAAGAUGUGGGAUGAGACUGUAGCAGAGCUGCGGUUCCCUGGCAUGGAAGAACGAGACAUUGUGCAAAACAUCUACAACCAGCUGUGGGUUAACUUAGAGAUGAAAGGCAGCCCAAUACGUGAAAAACUGUCAAAAGUGGGCAACUUGUCUGAAUAUGGAAGAGAGCCAUUCAAAGUGAAAAGUAAACAUUUGGGAUCAAAACAAUGCUUUUGGAAUGUAUCCCCAGGAAAGGAGCUGAAGGAGUUCCAGCAGGUAGUUGAUCACAUCAUUGAGCAGAGCAAGCAGUUUGUCGAUGAGAAAGUGAGAACAAGAUCUGAUUACCAUAAAACAUACACAAUAGAGUUGCUUUGCAAGGUAGACAAAAUCCUGGACAGGUACAUGAAUCUGGGAACAACUGCUGAAUUUCAGGCCAAGCUGAAGAUCCACAUCUGUGGACAUGCAGCACGGGAGUUAAAAAAAAUGCAUCUGUCUUUCAUCCAUGUAAAUGAUCCUCGUCAUUGUCUGGAACAGUUCAAGCAACAGUACUACACAGACUUCAAGGACCUGUUCAACAAAAGAGACCAGUGUCAGAAGAAAGCCAAAGAUUUCACUGUCAACUGUCUUCAACCUGCGGUGAAGGAAUACAUCACCAAAACUCUGGGCCCCGACCUUGUGGAUGAAAUGUUGGCAGGGCAGAAAGCCAUUGAUUUCAGCACUCGAACCUUCUUCCAGUUCUCAAUCCUUGAGCAGCUGCUUAAGGGUGAUAACUUUCAGGACUUUGUGAGAUACAUAAGAAAUUACGAGACCUUUGUACAUGACUGGAUUUUGGAGCUGAUGGUGAAGCAGUUCUCGGAGGAAGAUAGCCUCAGGAACAUUGAGAUGAAUCACCUGAAGGUGAUGGUUAGCAGAUUAAAAAAAUCCAUUAAGACCUCACAGAUGAAGGCAGCUGAACAGGCAGCAGGAAGGGGUGAGGAGGCCCAGAACAUUCAGCAGUUCAUUCAGGAUAUCUGUAGUGACCUAGCGAAGGAGCUUGUCAUCCCCAAAGACCCCCUCAGCGCAGUCCUGGCCUUAAACUCUGCCAAACCAGAAGACUUUUCCCGGUGUCUGGAGCUGCUUGUGGAUGAAAUGGAGCAGGCCGCAGAGUUUCAGAAAGGUGGGGAUGUGAGGGCCAGGCUGACCUCACUGCCCUUUCAGCCACAGAAGGUGCUGUUUAACAGGUUGUUUGGCUGUGGGAAGCACUGUCCCUUCUGCAAGGCCCCCUGUGAAGCUGGUGGCAAGAAUCACACAGAGCACUUUGCCUCCAUUCACCGUCCUCAGGGCAUUGCAGGAUGGAGGAAUCAUGUAUCGCGUAUAUUAGUGAGCAGUAUCUGCUCCACCAGUGUUGCCAGUGAGAGAUGCUUCAGGUUGACUCUAACAGAUGAGAAACAGCAUCCAUACAAGGACUACCAGAGUAUUUACCCUGACUGGCGCAUCCAGCCUGACACCAGCAUCCAGGCCUCAGACUACUGGAAGUACGUCUUCAGCAGGUAUAAUAAGCAGUUUGCAGAGGAAUACGGAACUAAGCCUGCUGACAUUCCCCCCAGUUGGAGAGCUAUAACUCCAGAGCAAGCCAUGGAAAACCUGAAGGAAAGGUUCUUGAUGAAAACAGGAGGAGAUCAAAAUUAAUUGAUUACACAGCCCCUGUUCCAGUAGGGUUGAAAAUGCAUCCUCUGUGUGACAUUAAUAUCAAAUAAUCUACUCACAGGUACGACUCAAUGGUUAAGCAAAACAGAGCCCCAGCCAAGUAGAAUGGCAUGAUGAAACAGCAAGUUUUAUACAAUGCAAAUAAUUCCAUCAGCAGCUCAUUGUUCUCAUAAAAUCAUAUUCAUACUAUAAAGUGAUAUUGCCUCUAUCCUUUCCUGUGCAGCACUUAUCUGUACAAAUCCUGCCUGUGAAUCAUCAUGGCUGAUCUCUGUCCAUUGUUCCAUUCAUUAGGAUGGUAAAUAGGCUGUGAUAUUUUAACAGUUUAACAGAGUUCAUUUCAUAUUCUCACCUCCAUAUUAAAAAAAAGAUGGAAAUAUGUGUUCAAAUAUAUCCAAAAUAUGUGUUCUAUCUGGUUCAUAAUUCUUAUAAUUAAAGCGUAUAAUCUUCAUAUGUCAUUGGCAAUUAUCAGCUCUAUAUCUUUGAUCGCUUCGGUGUUUGAAGUUUAUUGUUUACUGCCUUGUUGAUCUGUUAUAUGUCCGAUAAUCACUAUAUGUUGUGUGUUAACUUUACCUCUGUAAAACUAAUUAAUUUCUCCUGACACAUUCACAUUCUCACGUUAAAAAUAAACUUUUCAUUUGAACUUAA